UAAAACUGCAGAACAUUGAUUUUACCUACGUUAUAACCGCGCAGAGUCAGCGGCCGGAACCAUCCUGAAAAGAUGGAAAUGGGUAGCGUCGCACCGACCACCUCCAUCCCAGUUCCGCACCAGCUCAAGUGUUCCACUACAGAUAGUGCCCAGUUUCGUGGUAACAUGGAUGGGCAGUGCGCCGGUUCAUCCAAAGUCUUACUGGCUUACAAAAACGCAUCGCAGCACUUGAAUUCGUCUGGAAUCAAAGCGGGCUUGGGCAUACUUAAAGUCGCCACGUCCCAGUGGAAGCAGGAAAAGAAGACGCUUUCAGGGGCAGCCGUAAGGCAACUGUCUACUGCUAACAACAGCCACCCUUGCAAGAGAUCCCCACUGGAUCAGCUGGCAGCUCUGUUUCUCCAUGGUCAAACCCGGCACCGCCAGAUUAGUCAAGGGCACCCACAAGACCCUAUUGACUUGACCAAGCCACAGAACAGUAAGCGCAUCGUCGUUCUUGGUGCGCCAAGGGUUGGAAAGACUUCAAUCCUAAGAAGAUACCUGCGGGACGGAUUUGUGGAGGAAUACAAUCCCACCUCCGAGGAUUUCCUAAGGAAACUGUUUCGUAUCCGCGGGGAGACCUACCAAAUUGACAUCCUGGAUGCGUCCAGGGAACGGGACUUCCCAGCCAAGCGGCGGCUGUCUAUACUCACUGGGGAUAUUUUUCUUCUAGUGUUCAGUUUAGAUGACCGGAGCUCUUUCCAAGAGGUGUGCGCGCUACGAACGGAAAUUCUGGCUGCUAAAUCCAAGCUCACAAGAUCCACUGUGUCAGAGCACUGCGCACAGCCACAGGUUCCCCUGCUGGUCUGCGCCAACAAGGUGGACCUCCAGGAAUCUGAGAGAGAAAUAUCCAAGGCAGAGGUGCUCCAAGUCUUCGGGGAUGACUGUGCCUAUUUUGAAACGUCUGCGAAGGACAGCACAAAUCUCGAGAAAGUAUUCGAGACUUUGGCAAAGCGAGGUGGGCUUCCGACCGAAACUGGCCCAUCUCAACACCGCAAGGUGUCUCUCCGCUCGUACCAGGCAAUGAGGACAGGCCGGGCAGCGGGGAGGGGGAAGCAGGUCAUCGAUCGUGAUGUUCCCUGCGGUACACUGUACCCACUGGCCCGACGACCGAGUUUUACCACCGAUCUCCGUCAAGUCAUUGGCCCACAUACGGCAAGGAAACCCGGCAAAGGACUGGAGAAAUGCUAUAUUCAAUGAGAGACAAAGACACUAUGAAGAGCAAAUAACACUGUUCAUAAAGCAGCGAUAUUCAUAAAAAUGUAAUGCCGUAUCGUGCGAUUACAUGUACUUGAAAUACUGGUUUUGAAAUAAAAUAUUUUUAAUCAUUA